AUGGCUGAAAUUCUGGUCAGUGUUGUAAGUGAGGCCUUAAUCGGCAAACUGGUUUCAAUUGCCUCCGGUGAGAUUUCUCUUGUUUGGGGUGUCCGAGGUGAACUGUCAAAACUUAAGAAGACUUUAUGCAGUAUCCAAGCUGUGUUAACUGAUGCCGAGAGGCAACAAGUAGAAAUGGAGACAGUCAAGCUUUGGCUUCAGAAUCUUAAAGAUGUAGUCUAUGAAGCAGAAGAAAUACUAGAUGAUUUUGAGUAUGAAGCUCAUAAACGAAAAUUUGAAGUUCGCAAACGUGACAAAGCCAAAAAGUUCUUCUCGCGCUCAAAUCCUCUUGGGUUUAGUCAUAAGAUGGCUCAUAAGAUUAAAAAUCUUAAUCAACUGUUAGAUCAAGUUUCAAAGGACAAAAAGAAUUUUAGCCUUAAUCAUGUUACUGAGGCUGAUAGUAAGGGCUAUUCCAGAGACAGAGAAACUCACUCGCUUGCAGAUUUUUCAAUGCUUGUUGGAAGAGAAAAAGAGAAAUCAGAGAUAAUAGAUCUGUUGAUGGCCAACUCCAGCUCCAGCAAUCAUCAAAUCUACAGUAUUGUGCUCAUCGUUGGCAUGGGAGGGGUUGGUAAAACUUCACUUGUUCAAAGUAUCUAUGGUGAUGAUGUUGUAGAAAAACAUUUCGAAAAAAGAGUUUGGGUAUGUGUAUCCGAUAACUCCAACCAGCUCCAGGUUUUUAAGCAGCUUUUAGAAUCUAUUAAUGGAGAAAAGAAAGAAUAUCCAAGCUUGGAUGUCGUGGUGAAUAUUCUGAAAAAGAAUCUGCAAAAUAAGAGAUACUUGAUAGUGCUUGAUGAUAUGUGGAAAGAUGAUCACGAUGAAUGGGAUGAUACGCUAAAUGUUUUGUUGCUCCUUGGGGCUCAGGGAAGCAAAGUGAUCAUAACCUCGCGAAGCAAGGAAGUAGUAUCACCGAUAAGUUCUUUAUACAGGCAUAGUUUGGUUGGAUUGUCUGAAGAUGAUUGCUGGACUAUGCUCGAGAAAAUUGCUUUUGGGACCGAAGGAGUAGGAAAGACAACAGAGUUAAUCGAGAUCGGGAAAAACAUUGCUAGAAAAUGUUAA